GUGGGCCGGCCAGGCAGCUCCGGGCGGCGGCGGGGCGUGCAGCCGGGAGGCCAUUUCCUCGCUGCGCCCCUGGUGGAGCCGGGUUUGCUUGCUCUUGGCAGCCGCCGCCGCCGCCGCGCGAAUCGGACCUCCGGGAGGCCGGAGGGGAAAUCAGGUCACCGGUUCGCAGAUGCGGCGCUGAGCGGGCGCCCUGGUCCGGAGUAAGACAGCGCCCGGGAAGUGGCAUGGGGCGGGCCGGUCGCGCGGGGAGGCGGGGACUCCGGCACCCGGGCCAUACUCGGUUCCUACGCCAAUAAAAGUGGAGUGGCCGGGGAGGGCCGGCGGGGCCCUGGCUGCGGCCGCCUCUCUUCCACCAAGGAGUUGACAUUUUGCAAGACUAGCGCGACGCCCCGUCGCCUGCGCUCCCCGGGACCCCGCCGCCGGGAGAAGGGGGCGGAGGAGGGUGGAGACUGCGGGGCUUGGCCAAGGAAGGCGCACAUCCUCGGGCGGGCGGCCGUGACGCGGCGGGGAUUAACUUUACAUGAAUAAUAUCUGCAGUUUCCCUCCCAUUGGCCAUCCUGCGUGGGUGCCAAGUUCCACACAUGAUUUAAUGGAUAAGAAGGAGAUGGCAGUGAUCUCCAGAAUGAUCCAGAAUGAUUACUAACCUAUGACUCCCAACAGUAUGACAGAAAAUGGCCUACCAGCCUGGGACAAACCGAAGCAUUGUCCAGACCAAGAACACGACUGGAAGUUAGUAGGAAUGUCUGAAGCCUGCCUACAUAGAAAGAGCCAUUCAGAGAGGCGUAGCUCAUUGAAAAAUGAAGAGUCGUCACCACAUCUCAUCCAGGCCACUUGGACUAGCUCAAUAUUCCAUCUGGAUCACGAUGAUGUGAAUGAUCAGAGUGUCUCAAGCGCCCAGACUUUCCAAACUGAAGAGAAGAAAUGUAAAGGGUACAUACCCAGUUACUUAGACAAGGAUGAGCUAUGUGUAGUGUGUGGUGACAAAGCCACUGGGUAUCACUAUCGCUGCAUCACCUGUGAAGGCUGCAAGGGUUUCUUUAGAAGAACAAUUCAGAAAAAUCUCCAUCCAUCCUAUUCCUGUAAAUAUGAAGGAAAAUGUGUCAUAGACAAAGUUACGCGAAAUCAGUGUCAGGAAUGUCGCUUUAAAAAAUGCAUCUAUGUUGGCAUGGCAACAGAUUUGGUGCUGGAUGACAGCAAGCGUCUGGCAAAGAGGAAGCUGAUAGAGGAGAACCGGGAGAAGAGACGGCGGGAAGAGCUGCAGAAAUCCAUCGGGCACAAGCCAGAACCCACAGAUGAGGAAUGGGAGCUCAUCAAAACCGUCACCGAAGCCCAUGUCGCCACCAAUGCCCAAGGCAGCCACUGGAAGCAGAAGCGGAAAUUCCUGCCUGAAGAUAUUGGACAAGCACCAAUAGUAAAUGCCCCAGAAGGUGGAAAGGUUGACUUGGAAGCCUUCAGCCAUUUUACAAAAAUUAUCACACCAGCAAUUACCAGAGUGGUGGAUUUUGCCAAAAAGUUGCCUAUGUUUUGUGAGCUGCCAUGUGAAGACCAGAUAAUCCUCCUCAAAGGCUGCUGUAUGGAGAUCAUGUCCCUUCGCGCUGCUGUGCGCUAUGACCCAGAAAGUGAGACUUUAACCCUGAAUGGGGAAAUGGCAGUGACGCGGGGACAGUUGAAAAACGGAGGUCUUGGGGUGGUGUCGGACGCCAUCUUUGACCUGGGCAUGUCCCUGUCUUCUUUCAACCUGGAUGACACUGAAGUAGCCCUCCUGCAGGCCGUCCUGCUGAUGUCUUCAGAUCGCCCAGGGCUCGCCUGUGUUGAAAGAAUAGAAAAAUACCAGGAUAGUUUUCUGCUGGCCUUUGAACACUAUAUCAAUUACCGAAAACACCAUGUGACCCACUUUUGGCCAAAACUCCUGAUGAAGGUGACAGACCUACGGAUGAUCGGAGCCUGCCAUGCCAGCCGCUUCCUGCACAUGAAGGUGGAAUGCCCCACGGAACUCUUCCCCCCUUUGUUCUUGGAAGUGUUUGAGGAUUAGACUGACUUCAUUCGUUCUCAUAUUUCCUUCAGCACUACUGGGAGUCAUUUCAUUCCAUUGCCUAGCUCUUUUAUUGUUUGUUUCUUUGUUUCUUUGUGUUG